CAUACACACAGACCAGCUUCUGCCACAUCUCCUCCUUACGUCAGUGUGUUUUGGAUCAGUUCUGAUCUAGUCAGACCUGUUUUGUUUUGUUAACUUCCCUGUUAGCGGAAGUCACCUAGCUCUCACCUGGGCGGAGUCUUCAGAGGAACACCGUCCGUCGGGUAUCUGGAAAACGACCGACCAAACUGCUCAAGAUGUCUGUCGGUUGCUUGGUUUCGGUGGCUUUGUUCUUCCUCGCAGCAACAGGUGUGUGUGGCUUUUCAGUCACUACCUCCGACCCAGAUGUGCGGGUUAAAGAGAAUGAAGGGACUGACCUUAAAUGCUCAUAUUCAGCCGACUUUGGUUCAAACCCCAGAGUUGAGUGGAAGUUUAAAGACCUAGAAGGCUCACAGACGUAUGUGGUUUUUAACGGGCAACCAACUGCACAAUAUGCCACCCGAGUGACAGUGUACGGCAGUAAUCUCAGAUUCUCCAAAGUGACCCGUAAGGAUAACGGAGUGUACAACUGUGAGGUGUCAGGCAACAACCAGUUUGGGGAAACUCGAGUGAAGCUGACUGUACUGGUGCCUCCAUCUCCGCCUGUGUGUAAGAUUCCCUCCUCAGUGACGACGGGUACGACCACAAUCUUGACCUGUCGUGAUAAAGACGGCUCGCCACCGCCAACAUACAAGUGGUACAAAGCUGGCACCCUUCUGCCCCCUGACCCUUCUAAGAUUUCUGGCUUCAAGAAUGCCACCUACAAGCUUAAUACAGUCAAUGGCACCUUGGAGUUUCCCAGUGUAAGCAAGGUGGACACUGGUGACUACUACUGUGAGGCUGUCAACGAUGCUGGUCCUCCGCAGAGCUGUAGAGCAACAAGAAUGGAAGUCCAUGACCUUAACACUGGAGGAAUCGUUGCCGCAGUCAUAAUAGUUCUGCUGCUGCUGGUCCUACUGGGAUUUGGCAUUUGGUAUGCCCACAAGAAAGGAUACCUGCCCAAGAAGAGUGAAAGCAAAAUUAAGUCCAAUGUGGUCUACCAGCCCCCAUCACUGUACGGUGGUGAGGAUGAAGAUGGGGAUUUCAAACAGAAGUCAUCAUUCGUGGUAUAGUCUGCACUAAACACGACACAGUAGGAGCACACCUCGGUUUUAAAUGUUCCAGCGUGGGAUAUUUCUGACGACCUUCUUUUUAUUGGCUCCGGUGUUUGCAGUUUUUAUGGACUUGUGUGAUUGUUUUUGUUGAUAUGAACUUUGUGCUUUAGUGUUUCUGAUGUAUCAGCUUGUGGUGUUUAAGUGUCAAGGUUAAAUGAAACUAUUUACUACAGACCAGCAAUGAGACGUCUCUCAUACAUUUGUAAGUUUUUUAUUUCUAGUAGGGUGACUACAAAUGACCUUUUUACUUUCAGAUAUAUGUUUGUGGGUAUCUCUUGUGUGAUUGACAGACCUAAAAUGUCAUUGCUGAAUCUCUGAAAGUUGUUUUAUCUUUUUUUUUUUUUUUUUUUUUUAAACCAGCUGUUGUGUAAUAUUCUUUUCUUGAUAAAAUUUGUUAGAUUUCACCUGCUUUCUUUUUUACUUCUCCAGUUUAGAACAAUUUCAGAAUCAGUUAACAGUUGUUGUCUCUCAGCUUCCUGACAUUAAUAAAACCAAACUAUAACUGCUUUUAUUACAUUAAUAUUUAUGUGCACGUUAUGUAAGUUUGGUAACGUCUGAGACACAAGUGUGCAAACCUCUAAACUACCUGAAAGAGUGUAGACUGGCAGUCCAGCAAACUUCCUGUUGAAGCAAACAGAUGUCAGCUGUGACCCUGCACUUCGUCAUGAAUUGGACAUGACAAUGUAUCAAACAAGUUUGUAACCAGCGUAGUUCUCGAUUACCAGAACUGUUCCGAAUUGAAAGUCCUAAAACUGUUUGUGUCGUCUGUCUUCAGACACUAAAGUGAUGUCCAAAAAGUCUCAGGUUUAGUGGUUUGUCAGAUAUCAAUACAUAUCAUGUGUUUAUAGAAUCUAUCAGUAUCUGUCUAUCAAUAUUUUGAAUUGGGUAACUCACCACAUUGCUUUUCCUUUGUAGGAAUUUUACAGCUGAUAAAUUCGCAUAUUGAUGUUCCUUUGUUUUGUAUAUUGUUUAAUAAAGAGUUUCUAAAUCGA